AUGUCUGAAGACAUUGAGUAUUGCUUGUAUGUCAAAAACAUCCCUAGAAAUGUUCAAAAGAACGACAUAGAAGAUCUUUUUUCAAAUAUAGCAGACAUAAAGAAACUUACUGUAUUAACUGAUCCGACUACUAAAGCAUUUAAAGGUGUUGCCUUCGUUUCAUACGCAACAGAAAACGAAUGCUUGAAAGCUAUCCACGAAUAUCAUAAUUCAAAGCAAUGGGGUAACAUUAUUAGCGUUUCAUUCUCUGAUAAAACAAAAGAAAGAUUACCACCUAAUGAAAAAGAAGCAAUUUUAUCGAUGGCUGAAGAUCUUAAAAAGAGAUCUGCUCGCCCAAAUCGUACUGACGAAGUUAACAAAUCUCUUUCUUUUGUAGCACCAAUUGAAAUUAUGCUAGGAAGCCUGGUUGAUGCUGGCGAGAGGAGAGAGGAUAUUAAAGAAGAAUUGUCCAUGAGAAUGCUGCCAUUAGAUCUGAAAGAAGUUGAUGAACUUCUCUUUAACUUAUUAGAACGAGUAAUGGCCAGAAGACAAAAGGCUUAA